ACCAUGAUAAGCCUCCACCACAGCCCCCGCCUCUCCGCCAACCAGUGCGGCUCCGUCGUCACCCAAACCAUCCAGGCGCCGCUCCCGCUCGUCUGGUCCGUCGUCCGCCAGUUCGACGAGCCUCAGGCCUACAAGAAGUUCAUCAAGAACUGCGGCCUCAGCUCCGGCGACGGCGGCGCCGGCAGCAUCAGGGAGCUCACCGUCGUCUCGGGGCUGCCGGCCGAGCGGAGCACCGAGCGCCUCGACCGCCUCGACGACGAGUCGCAUGUCAUGGUGGUCAGCAUCAUCGGCGGCGAUCACAAGCUCGUCAAUUAUCGGUCGACGACGACGCUGCACGAAGGAGGAGGCGGCGCCAGAGAUACGGUGGUGAUGGAGUCGUACGUGGUGGACAUUCCCGCGGACAGCUGCGAGGAGGACACGUGUCUUUUCGCGGAGACUAUAAUCCGGUGCAAUCUCAAAUCCCUCGCGAAGCUUGCCGAAAAAAUGGCUGAUCAUCAUCUAUAG